AGGCGUUAGAGAAUCCCGCUACAGGCUUCUCUCUGGUCUUAACACAGAGUUUAAAAUAUCUCCAUAAUUACAUGAUUAAUAAAAUUGUUAUAUUUUCAUUGUGGUACUGCGUCCUUUAGCGAACAGAAAUCCAUAAAAGAAAAAAGAAAGAAAAUUAUUAUAUUGUUAUCAAGUAAUAUUUUCACGGAAGACUCGAAGAUAAAAGGUCGAAGAUAUGGAUUUAAACGGCUGUUCGUUAACGUGCACUGUCACGAUGGAGUGGUUAAACUCUCAAGGAUCUAUUUUAAGGAAGGCAACUCACAGAACGGCAUUACUGCGCCUGAUUCGUAAUAAUCAGCGUGAGAUGCUCGUCGAAGUACAGACAGGAAAGGCGAAUGUAUCCACAAAAUUACCCUUGAAAAGUAUAUCCGUUUUUAACAAAUUUAUGACAGAAGGAAAAGCAUCCAUAAAAUUUAAGGAACAAAAUUGUACAUUGUUCUUAUCGAAUGCACCUUCCUCUCAAUUGAUAAACUUUUUGAAGACUGUGUUCAUCAAGAUGACAGGUCAAGAAGGAAAGGUGGAUCCUCUGAAGGAAAAGCUCUUCGCAAAUAUACAACAUGGUGGUGCUGAAGAUGUUAGUCCAGCUACUAGCGCAGAAGUCAACAGAGCAAAGGAGAAAGCUACGGCUAUAUCGCGUGCAACAAUUACUACUCCUUCACCGAGCUUUGUCAGGAAGCGGAAAUAUUUUCACGAUGGCACUUCUAAAGUACCAGCAGCAAAAAAAUUAUAUGAUAAUCCUAUCGCUGGAGAAUUAACUGAAGAACAAAUAAAUGUUUUGAAUGCGGUACUCGGUGGAAAGAAUGUGUUUUUCACUGGAAGCGCAGGCACUGGCAAGUCGUUUCUCUUGAAGAAGAUAAUAUCGACUCUUCCUCCGGAUGUAACAAUGGCUACAGCAAGUACUGGAGUAGCAGCCUGUCAUAUAGGUGGAAUCACGUUACAUCAGUUUGCUGGUAUCGGUUUGGGUACUGGUACCAAGGAGAGAUGUUUUCAGUUAGCUUCUCGCCCAUCUGUAAUUUCGAUAUGGAGAAAGACUAAACAUUUAGUUAUAGAUGAAAUUUCUAUGGUAGACGGCGAGUUUUUUGAUAAGAUUGAGGCAGUGGCGAGACAUGUACGUAGGACAGAAAAACCUUUUGGAGGAAUACAGUUAAUUUUGUGCGGUGACUUUUUUCAGUUACCUCCUGUAUCUAAAAUCAAUGACGGAGCAAAAUUCUGUUUUCAAAGUGAAGCUUGGCAACAAUGUAUUCACUUUAACUUUGAAUUACGAACAGUUCAUAGACAAAAAGAUGAAGCAUUUGUAAAAAUAUUAAAUAGCAUUAGGAUAGGUAGAGUUACAGAUGAUAUCGAAAAUACUUUGAAAGAAACGGCAAAACAACAUAUUGAAAGUAAUGGAGUUUUAGCAACUAGAUUAUGUUCGCAUGUCAAGGAAGCUGAUGAAAUUAAUGAAUUCCAAUUGAAUGAACUUAAGGGUGAAACUAAAGUAUAUACAGCAUUAGAUUCUGAGAAUUCUAUGACUAAUAUAUUGGAUCAACAGGUGCCUGUACCUGGAAAAUUAGUAUUGAAAAUUGGCGCUCAAGUUAUGUUGUUAAAAAAUAUUAAUAUUAAUAGUGGAUUGGUAAAUGGAGCUCGAGGUGUUGUUAUCAAUUUUAAAAAUGAUAUACCAAUAAUUCAAUUGCGUUCUGGAGCUCAUUACGAGGCGAAAAUGGAGAAAUGGACUAUCAAAAGCACUUCUGGUGCUCUUGUACACAGAAAACAAAUCCCGUUAAAAUUAGCAUGGGCUUUUUCAAUUCACAAAAGUCAAGGUUUAACUUUAGACUGUGUAGAAAUGUGCCUCUCGAGGGUAUUUGAUGCGGGACAAUCUUAUGUAGCGUUAUCAAGAGCUCAGAGUUUACAGAGUUUACGCGUUUUAGAUUUUAAUAGUCAACAGGUGUGGGCUAAUACAACUGUACUUGAAUUUUAUAAAAAGUUCAGGAGAAAUUUGCAAGAGAUAGAGAUAAUUCCUUUAGGCAAGAAAAGUAAAAUUAAAUUAAAGACAAAUGAAAGAUGAUACAUUUUUUUUUCUUUCUAUGUAUAAAUAUGUACAAUUUGUGUGUGGAAGUAACUUUCGACAUGCAAGAAGAAUUAUAAUAUACAACUAUUUAAUUUCAUUAUAGAAAGUAAAAGUUUUAUUUUUAUAUAUGUAAUUGAUACAGUAUCGUUUCAAGUUUUUCUUUUCUUUCCCUUUUUUCUUUUUUACAAGUAUUGGAAUUCAUACUGAUAUUUAUGUGGACAACGUUAAUAAUGUUAAUCAUCGACGGUUAUUUCGAUGGAUGGUAUAUAUCGCCAUGUAUGCCCGGCAUGUGCAAAUUCUGAAUAAAGUAUCGGAGAAGUUGGAGCGGAUUCUUUACUAUUGCAUUGAAUAUCUAUUUUAUAUUGACCAGCAGUAAAAAAUACUACUCGACACUCGUGGUAGGCUCUGCCAUAUUCCUGCAACUAUAAUAUUAUUCAUUUAUGAUAAUGGAGAACAAGACGCGCGUAUACAUACAACGCGCGCGAAGAAGAAAUUGCAUUUAUAAAAAUUGUAACUUACAAUAGGUAACAUGACUUUAUUUGUCCCAGCUAUAGAUAAUCUAGUUUCUAAUUGAUAAUUAUUAACUCCAUUAUGAUGAUCCUGAUAGAAAUUAAUAGACAAUGUAAGAUCGCUCAGCGGAUGUUCCAAAGCGUUGCACACUCCUACGCCAACACUGAUACAUUCACCUAAAGCGCACGAUAGUUCAUCUUGUGCUUUCACAAUAGUAUCAUUGAUACUUAUUUCUAAAAAAAACAUUUUUUUUUUUUCAUUUCAUUAAU